AUGCACAAUGACAGUUCUUUGGAGAAGAGUGUCGACCUUGACCAGGCUCACGAUUUUCUAGCAAACCACGUACAGAAUGGUCCGGCUAGCGAUGCAGAUAUCGAACACCUGACAAGAACAAUCGAUUGCCACAUCAUGCCAAUACUAUUCAGCGUUUACUUCGUCCAGGCGCUUGACAAGCAGCUGCUGAACUACGCCGCAGUCAUGGGCCUCACCAAAGACCUCCACCUCGCCAGCAAUGACUUCUCGAACCUAGCCACCUACCUGUUCGUGGCCCUAAUUAUUGCCGAAGUCCCUACUGUUUACAUCCUCAAUAAGGUGCCAGUCGUCAAAUGGCUUUCCAUCAACGCCUAUUACCGCAAAGACCAUCAAGGGUCAAGGUUCCUUCUGUGGAGGUCAGCGAUCGGUUUGGACGUGAUUAUUGGAGGCCUGCUCUCGUUCGCCUUUCAACACGUUCAUAAUGCAGCGCUAGCCAGCUGGAAGAUCUUGUUCCUGUUGCUCGGCUGCCUCAGUAUUGCCUUUGGACUCUGCCUCUUCGUCUGUCUACCGGAUACGCCUAUGCAUGCGAAGUUUCUCUCUGACCAGCAGAAAGUGGCAUUGCUGCACCAUAUCUCCGUGAACAAGACCGGCGUAAGGGCUACUACCUUCAGGCUGCGACAGGUGGUGGACUUUUUGCGCGAUCCUCAAAUCUGGCUGUUGACCAUAGCCACCAUAUUAACGACGAUUUCCACCGGCGUAACCCUGUCAUACUCGUCACAGCUCAUCGCUGGGUUUGGCUUUUCUCCCAAGCAAGCAGCCCUGCUCAAUAUGCCCUCGGGAGCGGUCACUAUCGUUGCUGCCUUCGUGAUCGGCGGGGCGCUCAACACCCGACUCCCACGCUGCUUCAUCAUAGCAUCUGGCAACCUCGUCGCCAUCAUUGUUGCCUGUCUGGUCGGCUUCGCUCCCAGUCACAAACAUGCCGCCCUGCUCGCAGGCAUUUACCUCGUAAACAUUACGAGUCCGGUUUUGUUUACGAUCUACCAGUGGGCGUCGGCAAACGUGGCAGGACACUCCAAGCGUACCAUGACAAUGGCACUGAUCACGAUGGCCUUCAGCGCAGGAAGCUUGAUCGGGCCGCAGACCUUUCGGGCGAAGGACAAGCCGGAAUACAGGCCUGCGAAGAUUGCAUUGAUUGCUACGCAAGCAGGAUGCGCCUUCCUCUGCUGCGUGCUAGGAGCUUAUUACUCUUGGACGAACAAGCGAAGAGAUGCCAAAUAUGGGGAGGAGACGGUACUUGGGGACUCGAGUGGCUCGGCGGAUGAUGUGAAAACGUGGGAGAACCUGACCGACAUAGAGCGGACGAGCUUUCGAUACAUGACGUGAUAGAUACACCUUCGCAGAAUGUUACUUGUGCCGCACUCGGUGGGUCAGAUAUCGAGCAUUCCGCGACAUGUGCAGCUUCCUCACCUUCUUCCUGCUUUCCCGUUGACACAUCGCCUAAAGGUCCAGCUAUCGAAGGCUGCAAGGCAAUAACGCGAACAUUGCUGGAACGUCUCGCAGUCUGUUUUACGUUGUACUUCCCUUCUUCGGGUGGGAACCUAUACCUCGCCCUCAUCAGACUCUCUGCGUC